AUUCAAUUGAAUGAAUGAAUGUAUAAAUAAAUGUUUCAAUUUGUUGGCCAAUCGUAAUCACAAAUGAGUGCUAAUAUCGUAGAUGUUAUCUAAGAUAGAUCUGCAGAGAUAGUGAUGCCAUGUAUCCCAAGCCUAAAGUCAGUACAUCUCUGGACACAGAACUGGCCGAAGCCCUUAAAACCAAUGACUAUAGCGAUUGCAUCCGAAGACUGGAUCAAUACUAUGGACAGGUGAAGCGCCAACUCUUGCGAUACCAGAGCCCGACGACGGGACUGUUCCCUCGGGUCUCGUGUCAUACAAACGAAGCCCAUAUCAGAGACUCGCUGUACAUCUGUAGCGCCAUUUGGGCCCUCUUUCAGGCCUACACCAAACGCAUCGACGAUGACCGGGGUAAAGGGCAUGAGCUAGGUCAGAGUACUGUCAAGUGUAUGCGAGGCAUACUAUUCGUGUGGAUGAGACAAUCCAAAGACAAAGUGGAGCCCUUUAAGACCAACCAGUGUCCCAAACACGCCCUCCACUCCAAAGUCAAUCUCAACACCGGGUUGUCUCUCAAUGACGACACGUACGGCCACUUGCAGAUAGAUGUGGUCAGUCUGUACCUCCUAUUUCUCGUCCAAAUGAUCACAUCAGGCCUACAGAUCAUCUACACCAUGGAUGAGGUGCAGUUCGUACAGAACCUGGUCUACUAUGUGGAGAGAGCUUAUCGGACGCCGGACUUCGGUAUGUGGGAGAGGGGCAGCAAAUACAACACCGGCACCCCUGAGAUCAAUGCCUCGUCCAUCGGAAUGGCUAAGUCUGCUCUCGAGGCCGUUAACGGAUGCAAUUUGUUUGGCGAAAAGGGCGCCGCUUGGAGUGUCAUAUAUGUAGACAUUGACGCUCACAGUCGUAACCGAAGUAUUUUUGAGACACUUCUGCCACGAGAGUCCAGUUCCAAGAAUACCGACUCAAGUCUGUUACCAACGAUAAGUUGGCCCUCAUUUGCCACACACGACACCUUUCUAUACACUACCACUAAGGAGAAGAUUAUUAAGCAUUUGAAGACUCCCUACGGGUUCAAGAGAUUUAUCAGAGAUGGUUACGGAACUGUUCUCGAGAAAAGAGAGCACAUAUACCAAAACGAAGAGACCAAACAUUUCGAGAAUAUAGAGUGUGUUUGGCCUCUCUUUUGCUGCUUUCUCGUCAUAGAUGGCGUCUUCAAGAAUAUUGAGUCACAAACCAAAUACUAUAAGGACUUACUCUUCAACCAACUGCUAAGAAGAGAUCCCAAUACUGGCGACUACUUAAUACCCAAAUACUAUUAUGUUCCCCCCGAAUAUAUUGACGCCGAGAAGGCAGACCCCGGGUCUACGCCUCGAAUUGCAAGUCAAGAAGGAAGUGAUUCAUCGGUUAUGUAUCUUAUGGGUCAGGCAGUUCUCAUAAUCACUCAGCUUUUGACCGAAGGUUUAUUACAAACCGUAGAAUUAGAUCCUAUCAGACGUUUUAUGCCGAGCUAUGACCGCACCCGAAAAAUUGGUCGUUACUCUGUAUUUCAGGGAACUGCUUCUGAUUUGGUGGUUCAGGUCGUAUUGAUUGCUGAAUCAAUGCGUUUGCAGGCAAUGAUGGCCACGUAUGGAAUACAAACUCAAACACCUCUUGAGGUGGAACCGGUCCAGAUAUGGCCACCAUCUCAGUUGGUUAGAAUCUAUGAGCUUUUAGGUAUAAAUCGGAAACUAGGCCUAAAGGGUAGACCUGCGCGACCUAUCGGUGCUUUAGGAACCAGUAAAUUGUACCGAAUAUUCGGACAGACAGUUCUCUGCUAUCCCCUCACCUUUGAAUUAUCGGACUUCUAUUUGUCUCACGAUAUGGCACUCCUAAUCGACGACAUUAAAAAUGAAUUACAUUUUGUGGGCAAAUACUGGCGAAUGUCUGGUCGGCCGACGGUCUGUAUUCUCAUCCGAGAAGAGCACUUACGAGAUGUGAAUUUCAAGGAAAUGCUCGACCUUUUGGUUGAAUUCAAGAAGGGUUACCUACAGUCAGGUCUUAAGAUUAAAACAGGUCGACUCCAGAACCUAAUCAGCUCUUCGUGUUUCGAACACUUGGAUUUCCUCCACUUAUACCCAUCCGAAGCACUCCCGAAGUUAGAGAGCUUUCGUCAGUUGGAGCACACGAUGGGAAUUGGAUACCAGUCCCUCACUGAUAUUCCCAAAGCCCUUGUGUACAGCGAGUCCACGGAUGUCGAUUUUAAGACUUUAUAUGAGCACCGACCUACUUGGCCAGACAUAAUGGAUGCUCUGAGAACGUGUGACACACUUCACGCUCAGAGUCAACUGUUGGCCAUUCUGUACACCAGAGAGGGUCACAACUUCGCUCUUCCCGACGGCACGACAGUCAGCGAACGCUUAGAGCGGCUGUUGAGACAGGCCGGAGCUCUGCGGCACUGGUCUGUCGUCCGGUACUGCAGUUCUAUAUUACAAAAACUAGUCGACUCUAUCUCUCCAUACAUUACACAAAUACUAGUGAGCGGUAAACAGAUAACAGUGGGAACGUAUGGCCAUAAGGAGGUGGCUAUCGAUCACCCGCGCACUCCCAAAGAGAUCCGCCAAUUGCUAUAUCAGGUGAUUAGUGAGCCAUACGGUGUUGUUCUUCAGCAGGAGAUCAUUCUAUACGUGGGACGACUCAUAUCGACGACUCCACACUUGUUCGAUGGAAUCGUUAAGAUAAGAGUCGGUUCCUUUGUAGAGGCCAUGAAAUACUACCUGAGCUUCAAGAAUGAGAAGCAAACAAAGUUGGAGUCAUUGGCUCCGAGUCAGGUGCGACGGGUUCUCUAUAAAGUUCUCACGGAUACAGACCUUGAACCCAGAGAAAGACGACUUAUUGAGGGUUCAUUGGGUCGGGUGCCCCAACACUUCUAUGACAAAGUGUGGGUUGUAUUGGGGCGCACACACGCCGGACUCACAGUAGCCGGUCAGCACAUGGCAUCCGGGCCUACCAUUACAAUGAUGUCUCAAAAUGAGCUCAAUUUCAUGACUAAAGUGGAGAAUUUCUUGUGCCAAAUCUCAGCCCCGGAAUACAGACAAAUCGUUGUCGAGCUAAUCAAAGGUGCGGUGAAUCGCUAUAAUACGGACAGAGAGGAGAUGAUAGGAAUCAACGAGUUUUACAGUGAAUCCAAGAACCAGACGUCUGCUUAUAUGGCGCGUACAGUUCUGGACAGUUUGCUCCACCACUCAGCCCCUGAUUGCAAAAUCAGUUGA